AUACCGGAAUUUCAAAAGAUAAUCUCGGUCUUAUAUAUGCAACAGCCCACCUUCACUAUUCUAUUCUAAAACUAUCAGCGACCGAGAGAUUGAGGUAGAGGAAGAGAAAUGGGUCAUGCAAGCUCCAAAUCUCCUCCAGAAGAAGAGGAAGGGUCGCACCUUUCUCGGCUGAAGCAGAAGCUUCACAUCCACGGUCACCACCAUCAUCGUCUCCGUCGUGUUUUCCGUCGUUCUCAUGGAAACGGCUCUGGCUCUGGUGCUUCUUGUCUCAAACUCCUCGCUGCUGAGGAUUUUGCUGGAAUCGCUCUCAUUUCUCUCAUUAGCGCGGAGAUGAAGUUUAAAGACAAGUGGCUUGCUUGCGUUUCUCUUGGAGAGAAGACUUUUCGCACUGAGAUUUCUGAUCACACAGAAAAGCCUGUUUGGAACUCAGAAAAGAAACUUCUUUUGGAAAGAAAUGGGCCUCAUCUUGCUAGGAUCUCCGUAUUUGAGACCAAUAGAAUAUCGAAGAACAAUCUCAUAGGCUAUUGUGAGAUUGAUCUACUUGAAUUUCUAACACGGGAUUCGGAUUCUGACUUUGAGGUCUUUGAACUUUUUGAUCCUUCUUCAUCUAGCAUAGUUGUUGGCAAAAUUUCUGUUUCAUGUUCUGUUGAGGAUCCAAUUGAAACAGAAAAAAGCUUUGCAAGGCACAUCUUGUCAAUUGUGGAUUACAAUGAAGAUGGACAGCUUUCAUUCUCAGAGUUCUGUGAUUUAAUUAAAGCUUUUGGCAAUCAAGUGGCAGCUAACAAGAGAGAGGAGCUUUUUAAAGCUGCUGACAAGAAUGGGGAUGGUGUUGUGAGCAUGGAUGAGUUAGCUGACCUUCUUGCUAUUCAACAAGAAAAAGAGCCUCUUAUUACUUGUUGCCCUGUUUGUGGUGAGAUUCUUGAAGUUUCUGAUAGGCUAAACACAGUUGUUCAUCUGAGUCUCUGUUUCGAUGAAGGGACUGGAAACCAAAUUAUGACUGGAGGUUUUCUGACUGAUAAACAAGCUUCAUAUGGGUGGAUUUUUAAACUGAGUGAAUGGGCACACUUUUCGACAUAUGAUGUUGGUUUGAAUUUUGGGUCCAGUGCUUCGCAUAUUCUGGUAUUUGAUAGGAGGACAAAGAGACUAGUGGAGGAGUUAAUUGAUGGCAAGAUUGUGAUGUCAAUGAGAACUAUUUACCAAUCAAAAAUAGGGCUUCGUCUUAUAGACAAAGGUGCUAAAGAACUCUUGAUUAGCAUUUCUGAGAAGCAAGGAAGGAAAAUGAAUUCUGCUGAAUCCGCAAAAGACAUUCCAAAAUUUGUUGAAUUCUUUAAGGAUCAACUCAAUCUGGCUGAAGUUAAGUAUCCAUUGGAACAUUUUAAGACAUUCAAUGAGUUCUUCAUAAGGGAGUUAAAGCCUGGUGUAAGACCCAUUGCUUUCAUGGAACAUGAUGAUGUUGCUGUUUGUGCAGCUGAUAGCCGUCUGAUGGCAUUUAAAAAUAUAGCAGAUAGCUUACGAUUUUGGAUCAAGGGCCAGAAAUUUUCUACUCAAGGCCUUUUGGGAAAGGAAAUACGUUCUAGUAAUUUCAUCGAUGGAUCGUUGGUCAUAUUUCGAUUGGCACCACAGGAUUAUCACCGUUUUCAUGUACCAGUUUCUGGAACCAUUGAGAAACUUGUAAAUGUCCCUGGAAAUUUAUACACGGUUAAUCCUAUCGCUGUCAAUAGCAAGUAUUGUAAUGUUUUCACAGAGAAUAAGCGAGUCGUAUCAAUCAUUUCUACUGCAGAAUUUGGAAAGGUGGCAUUUGUAGCAAUUGGAGCAACAAUGGUUGGCAGCAUUACUUUUUUGAAAAAGGAAGGCGACUCCAUCAAGAAAGGAGAUGAGUUUGGAUAUUUUUCAUUCGGAGGAAGCACAGUGAUUUGUGUCUUCGAAAAGGGUGCAAUUCAGAUUGAUGAAGAUCUCCUAGCCAACAGUUCCAGGUCACUAGAAACCUUAGUUUCUGUUGGAAUGAAGUUGGGUAUUGCCACAAGAAAACAAUCAGAAACUGAUUUGCCAAACUUGGAAAAUUUUGUGUUAGAAGCUUGAGAGAGCUCAAGUAUUUCACAUCAUUUUGAUUCCACGUAGCAUGUAGAAUUCUAUGUAAACUUUGAAUCUGGCAUAAGAGUUAAUAAUGCCCAUUACCAUUAUUAGCAGAUUAAUUCUAUAGCUUUACUGUUCUAUAGAAUCAAUUCUAUUAAGAACUUUAUCCACAACUGUGGUUAUUGUAUUAGCUAUUAUAAGUUGUUCAACCAUGGAGUAAUGUUUGAUUGAAAUAAUUUUUUUUUUU